AUGUGCCAGGCAUUCCUGGGCGAACUGAGAAAGCCGUUGGACGGGUUUACGCAAGAGAACAAGGAUGCCCAGCAUUGGGUUGCCCAGAUCGAACAAUUGCAAAACCAAAAGGUAGAUACACCAACGAUCAUCGGCGUUGUCGGUAAUACCGGAGCUGGUGAAAGCAGUGUUAUCAAUGCCAUGCUUGAAGAGGAGCGCUUGGUUCCCACAAACUGCAUGCGAGCUUGUACCGCUGUCGUGACGGAGAUGUCAUAUAAUCACUCCGAGGAUCCAAGAGCUCUAUAUCGAGCUGAUAUUGAGUUUAUUCAAGCAUCCGAUUGGGAGAAAGAUCUGAAGAUCUCCUUGGACGAAUUGAUCGAUGGUAGUGGGCAAAUCAGCCGUGAAUGUACGAACCCCGAGAGCGAGGCUGGUGUUGCUUAUGCAAAGAUCAAAGCUGUCUAUCCUUCGUGGACGAAGGAGGAACUUGCUCGCAGCUCGGUUGCCGAUCUUAUGAAAGAAGAAUGUGUUAAAAAUGUACUCGGGACUAUCAAAAAGAUUGAAAAGUCCCAGCCCGCAUACUUCUAUCGUGCUCUUCAAAGCUAUGUUGAUUCCAAGGAGAAGUCCACUGAGGACAAGAGCAAGAAAAAAGAUAAAAAGGAGAAGGGUGAAAAGAAACAGAUGGAAUUCUGGCCCUUGAUCAAAGUCGUUCGCAUUUACACCAAGGCAGAGGCUCUAAGUACAGGUGCUGUUAUUGUCGAUUUACCUGGAGUUCACGACUCGAACGCCGCUCGAGCUGCCGUCGCUCAAGGCUACUUGAAGCAGUGCACCGGUCUCUUCAUUGUUGCACCGAUAAAUCGUGCUGUAGAUGAUAAAGCAGCGAAAUCCUUGUUAGGUGAAUCUUUCAAGCGGCAACUCAAGUUUGAUGGCACUUAUUCAAGAAUUACCUUCAUCUGCUCCAAGACCGAUGAUAUUUCGAUCACCGAGGCUUCGGACAGCUUAGGGCUAGAGGAUGAGAUGGCCGAAGACUGGGACAAAUUAGAUGCCAUUGAGAAGGAGCUGAGACAACACAGACAAAAUGUGAAGGACUUGAAAGAGUCGAAAGGCGUAUUUGCCGAGCUCAUCAACGAUGCUGAAGAGGCCAUGGAUGUUUGGGAGAAAUUGAAGGAAGAAUUGGAAGAUGGUGAGACUGUCUACGAUCCAUCGAAAAAGCGCAAACGCUCUGUUGAGCCGAAGAAGCCUCGCAAGAAGGCGAAGAAGUCUAGAUCUAGCUCCGAUAAUGAAGACGAGGAUGAUUUUGUUGUUGAUGAUGAAGAUGAACGUGGAGAAGAAGAUGAGGAAGACGAUGCCAAAUCUCACGCUGAAAGCGAUUCCGAGUCUGUGUCCGACAAGGGUGACCCAUUGACCGCGGAAGAAAUCGAUGCAAAGAUCGCUCAGUUGAAGGAGGACAAAAAGCGGGCACGAUGUGAACGAAUAGAGACAGAUGACAAGAUCAAGAUUGCCAACGAAGAAAUAAAGGCUCUGGACAAGACUCAAGAGAAAAUCGAUAUUGCCAUGAGUGCAAUCUGUAUUGCAGGUCGCAACGAUUACUCGAAAGGCGCUAUUCAGCGCGAUUUUGCAGAUGGUAUCCGAGAGCUAGACAUGGAGUCAGCGCAAGAAGAAGAUCCUGACCGAUUCAACCCAGAGAACGACCUUAGAGACUACGAUGAGGUGGCACGGUCUCUCCCAGUCUUCUGUGUUAGUUCUCGGGCCUAUCAAAAGAUUAAGGGUCGACUUCAACGUGACAAGGCGGUUCCAGGCUUCCGCACAGCAGAGGAGACUGAGAUUCCUCAACUUCAAGUCCAUUGUAAGAAACUCACGGAAGCAGGUAGAGCAUCCAACUGCCGCAAUUUUCUUACCAAUCUCUCCCAACUCUUGAACUCAUUGGGUUUGUGGGCAUCAAAUGAUGGUACUGGGCUCAAUUUAACCGACGCACAAUUGGCGGCGGAAACGAGAUUCUUGAAGCUGAGACUCCAGAAGCUUGAGGAAAGCCUCGAGAAGUUCGUGAAGGAAUGCCUAAAAGACACGAAUGAUACCCUUGCGGAGAACAUCUUUGAGCAGUAUGAAAAUCUGGUUGAGCUUGCUGUUGCCGAAGCAAACCAAACUGUUGGUAAUUGGCAUCGCAAAGUGAACCGAGAUCAUCGUGAGCUUGGAGGUUAUUACUGGGCCACCUACAAAGCAAUCGUUCGACGGGAAGGUGUAUUUUCAAAUGCCCAGGGUCCGCACGAUUUCAAUGCUCAGCUUACCGAACCAAUUAUCAAGCAUCUAGCUUCUCACUGGGAGAAGGUAUUUGCUCAAAGACUUCCUCGUGUCCUUUCGUCCUUCUCCCGACAGGCAAAAGGUUUACUAACUGCUUUUCACCACGACAUUGAGUCGCGAAGUAUGAAGACAGGAACUGGCUCAGCUGGAGUUGCAAUGUUGGGCCAGCAACUGAAGAACUACGAGCAAAUAUUCGCCACUCUAGCCACACAGAUGAUCGAAAUCAUCAAUUCACUUCAACGAGAAGCCAACCGAGAGUUCACGCCCGUUAUUGCUCGGAAUCUUUCGACUGCAUACGACUACUGUACUAGUGAAUCUGGGCCUGGCCAGUUCAAUAGAAUGAAAGCCUACAUGAGCCAGCAUGUGGAUAAUGUCCGAGGCAGCAUGUUCACCGAGAGCUGCGAAGAAGUGAAGGGUCUCCUAUUGAAGAUGUGCAAGCAAGUAUCAGCUCAGAUGUCAGAGCAUACGGAUGGCGUCUUCAUUAGAAUUGAGCGUGACUACCUUGAGGUUAUAUCUGGUACACAACUUCCUGGUCAAGCCAUGCCGAAGUGGGAGCGCCAGAUGAGAUCGGAAGUUGCCAGAGUGAUUGCAAAUCGAGCCCAAGCUGUCAUUGAAGAAGCCGAGAGGGCUACUAUAGAGACAGCUGAGGAUGGUACCUAUGCUGAGCAAGGCAGUCGUGAGGACGGCAAUGGCAGUCUACCAAGAGCAGAAUCUCCACCACAAAAGACUAACGGCGAAGCUGCUGCUCAAGACAUGGACUUGUCUUAG